AUGUGGUCCAGAAAGUCCAAAAAGCCUAAGAAGGAACGUGUGAAUGCAAAACCGCCACGACCUUCGCCACAGCGCGCAUCCAGCAACAAGACCCAACUGUACGACACGGCCAAUAUCACUCUCGACGCGGUGGCAAAUCUAGCCGAAGCAUCAGAUGUACUCGCUCCUCUCAAAGCAGCUUGUCGAGUCACUAAAUCGAUCCUCGAUGUCAAACAAGCCAUCGACAGCAAUCAAGAAGAAUUGACAGACCUUACCGGACGUCUGGAGGGAUACAUAUCCGCUCUUGAAAAACAAGUCGACGUGUUCGAACGCUAUCCUCCUGAGGACAGGGCUGUCGACGAUGCUUUCAGGCGACCAUUCACUGAAUAUGUCGAGUUCCUCGAGAAUCGCUUAGCACUGGCCCUCCAAUAUAUCGAAAAGCGAAGCCAAGUGACUCGUCGUAGCGCUGCAGCGAUUCGAAAGGUGAAAAUAGACGCAGGCGUCAUCCAAAAGUUCAACCGAGAUAUCGAGGAUCGGCAUAGGCAGUUUAUGGACGCCUUGAGUACUUUUACCGCCUUGCGCGUUCAAGCCAUAGAACGAAAUACCAAGACUAUUCUAUCAGAUGCCGACGCAUCCGCCAUACUCCAGCUACCAAUCGUAGCCUUUGCUGCAUCUUCGGUCCAUACUACCUGCCUUGAGGGAACUCGUGAGGCUGUCCUCGAGACGGUCUGGCGCUGGGCCGACGACGACACAUCAGAGAAGCCAAUAUUCUGGCUGUGUGACAUAGCUGGCUCUGGCAAAUCCACAGUCGCGAUGUCUGUAGUUGAAAGAUGGAAGAGAAGUGGUGUGCUAGGCGGGCGAUUCUUCUUUUCCAUGGCAAGCGGAGAGGGAUCUACUACAGAGAAGUUUUGCACUACUCUGGCAAGGGAACUCGCCAAUUACAUUCCUAAACUUGCACCGCAUAUUGCAGAGGCGGUGAAGCGAAAUCCUGCUAUCGUGCGACACUCGUUCGAUGAACAGUUCCGGACACUGAUCAUUGGACCACUCUGUCACUGGCAACGGCGUGUAAUCAUCGUCAUCGAUGCCGUCGACGAGUGCAAGUCUGGAAUACAGCGAAACGAGCUUCUCGAAACGCUUGCUGUUGCCGCUCGGGAAAGUGUAAAUCUCAAGAUAUUCAUCACCAGUCGUCCGGACCCCGUCAGUGCAGCGAUUUUGGAGCCGCUCUCAAUCAAGGCAAAGUUGGAAGACCGCCUUCACGACGUCACUCAUCGUGACAAUGUCGACGACAUUGCAACCUAUAUCCACAAAUCACUGGACGGAGUAUUAUCCCGUGACCAGAGGCAGCGACUUGUCCAGAAGGCCAAUGGGUUGUUCAUCUGGGCAAGCACUGCAUGCCGACUGCUUAGAAGCAAAACAACCAUAGUCACGCCCAAGAGCGUGUACCACCGCUUAAUCUCCGCGGACCAAGCAGGAGCCAUAGACGAUGUAUACGACCUCGUAUUCGAGCGCAUAGAACCCGAAUUUCAUUCAGCCAUGUGCGAGAUGCUCGCUGUGUUUCUCGUUGCAUUCGAGCCACUCACGGUCGACGACUUGGAGGACCUUUUCACUCAUGUUGGAGCACAUGGAAGUGCCAGGGGGCUAAUUCAGAAUCUGGGGAGCGUAUUCAUCGAGGAUCAAACAACACAUCUAGUCCAAUUUCGCCAUCCUACCCUCGUCGAGUACCUUCGUCGGCGUACGCGGGCUACCACUCCCGAGAUAGGCGGCAGAGUCCAUCUCGAUAUUGUUAAGGCACAUGGUCAAGCCGCAUCCUGGUGCCUCAAAUGCUUCAAGUCACCCUCGGGAGGACUCAAGUUCAAUAUCUGUCAAAUUGAAUCAUCGUUCUACUUAAACAGACAAAUCCUGGACCUGGAUACUAGAGUAUCAGGGUAUAUUUCAGGAAGACUUCGCUACGCUAGUUCUCAUUGGUCAUUCCACGUUGCUGAAACCAACGACGAAUGGAGGCAUGCACUUCGGAAGGAGCUUCAAGACGUGAUUAAAAGUCCAUGCGUGCUAUAUUGGAUGGAAAUACUAAGUGUUACUGGAGGCCUAUCACGAGCAAUAGACGGUCUGCGAUCUGUUACACGUCAUACAUCGCUUGAAGAUCAGACCAAAGUUCGCAUGACGGAGAUUCGGCGGUUUAUGAUGGCCUUUUCCGUACCUAUACAGGAGAGUGCUCCCCACAUCUAUCUCUCAGCACUUCCUUUCAGUCCUAAAGCGUCAAACCUUCAUACUAAAGGCUUGGCACGCUAUAAAAAAACUCUCAUUGUGACUCAGGGCCUUGAGGAGACAUACCGUGGGCUCCCAAGAGCAAUCCUUCAUCAGGAUAGCGUCAAUGCUAUUGCUUUCUCACCAGAUGGCUCCCGAAUUGCCUCUGCCUCAAGCGACAAAGCGAUUCGAAUCUGGGAUGCAGAUACCGGUCAGCUGAUUGGAAAGCCACUUAGAGGUCACAAGCUUGAGGUGAAUGCUGUCGCAUUUUCGCCAGAUGGCUCUCGCAUCGUCUCUGGCUCAGACGACGCGACAAUUCGACUAUGGCGCGCAGAUAAUGGCCAGCCAAUUGGACAACCACUCAGAGGUCACGACCGUUCGGUCAGAGCUGUCGCAUUCUCUCCGGAUGGCUUACGGAUUGCCUCUGGCUCAGACGAUAGGACGGUUCGAAUCUGGGACUCGAACACUGGUCAGCCGAUUGGAGAACCACUCCGGGGUCACGACCGUUCGGUCAGAGCUGUCGCAUUCUCUCCGGAUGGCUUACGGAUUGCCUCUGGCUCAGACGAUAGGACGGUUCGAAUCUGGGACUCGAACACUGGUCAGCCGAUUGGAGAACCACUCCGGGGUCACGAUUCGGUCAGAGCUGUCGCAUUCUCUCCGGAUGGCUUACGGAUUGCCUCUGGCUCACGCGAUAAGACGGUUCGAAUCUGGGACUCGAACACUGCUGUCGCAUUCUCUCCGGAUGGCUUACGGAUUGCCUCUGGCUCAGACGAUAGGACGGUUCGAAUCUGGGACUCGAACACUGGUCAGCCGAUUGGAGAACCACUCCGGGGUCACGACGAUUGGGUCAGAGCUGUCGCAUUCUCUCCGGAUGGCUUACGGAUUGCCUCUGGCUCAGACGAUAAGACGGUUCGAAUCUGGGACUCGAACAAUGGUCAGCCGAUUGGAGAACCACUCCAGGGUCACGACGAUUGGGUCAGAGCUGUCGCAUUCUCUCCGGAUGGCUUACGGAUUGCCUCUGGCUCAGACGAUAAGACGGUUCGAAUCUGGGACUCGAACAAUGGUCAGCCGAUUGGAGAACCACUCCAGGGUCACGACGAUUGGGUCAGAGCUGUCGCAUACUCUCCGGAUGGCUUACGGAUUGCCUCUGGCUCAGACGAUAAGACGGUUCGAAUCUGGGACUCGAACAAUGGUCAGCCGAUUGGAGAACCACUCCAGGGUCACGACGAUUGGGUCAGAGCUGUCGCAUUCUCUCCGGAUGGCUUACGGAUUGCCUCUGGCUCACACGAUAAGACGGUUCGAAUCUGGGACUCGAACACUGGUCAGCCGAUUGGAGAACCACUCCGGGGUCACGACCGUUCGGUCAGAGCUGUCGCAUUCUCUCCGGAUGGCUUACGGAUUGCCUCUGGCUCAAACGAUGAGACGGUUCGAAUCUGGGACUCGAACACUGGUCAGCCGAUUGGAAAACCACUCCGGGAUCACUACCGUUCGGUCAGAGCUGUCGCAUUCUCUCCGGAUGGCUUACGGAUUGCCUCUGGCUCAGACGAUAGGACGGUUCGAAUCUGGGACUCGAACACUGGUCGGCCGAUUGGAGAACCACUCCGGGGUCACGGCGAUUCGGUCAGAGCUGUCGCAUUCUCUCCGGAUGGCUUACGGAUUGCCUCUGGCUCAGACGAUAAGACGGUUCGAAUCUGGGACGCGGCGACAGGUCAGCUCAUGGGAGAACCACUGGUUGGCCAUGAUGGUUAUGUGAACGCCGUCUCAUACGCGCCAGAUGGCUCGCGGAUUGCCUCUGGAUCCGAUGACGGCACAAUCCAAAUCUGGCGUUUACCUGGGGAUUGUUAUCCUGACUAUGAAGACAAUAACACACUACACUCAUCGCUAGAAGAAUCGAAUAUCACCAGCAAAUCAUUGGGUGCCUUGUUACCAAUCGUCUUGCCUGGAUUCCGAAAAUGUUUCCUUUUGCAAGAUGGUUGGGUGCAAUCGUCUGACCAAUUCUUAUUCUGGGUACCUCCUGAUAAUCGGCAUGGACUACGAUAUCCAUGUCAUCUGUCGAUACCACCCCGUGCUCAUCUACGCAAGACCAGAAUCGACUUCGCCAACUUCCGCUGCGGUACAGAUUGGACCGAGGUUUGCACAGGUUGA